CGUCAUAUCCGACUUAAGCACAGGCGCGCGGAAUAUUGUCCUUGUCGAAAAUAAACCGUCAAUACUUUUUACUUUGACAAUUUAAAAGAAAAAAUAAGUUUAGGGCUUUUUGGAUAGGAAAGAAAGAAUACGUGUGACGCCAGGAGAAACACAGCAUUACAUGACUUGGUAUUAACAACACUAAGUUCCCCAGAAGAGGACAUACUGCGUUGUCCAACACCGGCGGAUUUUCUUUCAUCAUGUCCCAGACCAACACAUCUUUGCUGGAAGAGGUGGUGCAGUGGAGUCAGGAAACCUGUCGCCAGGAGCUCAAGUCUGUCCUGCCUAAACUUACAUCUUUGCAUUAUGAGGCAUCUACCUGGAAUGAUUGUCUACGUAUACUGAAGAUAAUUACAGAGAUGUUCUUGCCACACAUUGGUUUGUCAGAGCUGGAGGAGGAGUGCUUUUCCAAGAUCCUACCAAAGGCAGUUGCAAUGUUCGACAACAUGAUGAAAGAAAUUAUGAAUCAAGUUGGCGAGCUUUCAAGUCAAAACACUGAACUGUGUACUUUUCUAAGAAACAUUCUACAGGCAAUGGUGCAGCUAAUCGAUGCACUUUCCGUUUGUGUGCGUCACGUUGGCUCAUUUGAAGAAGGUCUGUGUUUGGAUGCUAUCCGUUCGCUACCGACUUGCAUCCUUAAAGUCCUGAGAGAAACAUUUCAGCACUGCAAGGACAGUGAGAUAGUUUAUUGUGGCCGUCUAUCUCUGGUGGCCGAUCUGCUGCAAGGACUCUUCAAGGAGGCGUACUCCCUGCAGAAGAGUCUACUGGAGAUCCUGGACAGGAUCUCUCUGGACAGUAGUGCCUCAGAUGAAGAGGUUUCUGACAUUGUUGCAGUGAUUCACAGCCUUCUCGAUAUCUGCUCCAUUAUCUCUAACCUUGACAUUGCACUGCAUGCAAACACAUGGAAGUUCCUAAUCAAACAGAGCCUGAAGUACCAGUCGUUGGUGGAGGAACAGCUGCACCAUGGCGACAUCGUCAACAGCUUGUCUGACAAUUUGUUGGCUUCCUUACACAGCUGUGUGGAGAUGGCUGAACAUAUAAAGCUGACAGGUUUACAGGAGACUGUUCAAAGUCCGGAAUACAAGCUUUUCCAGAAAACUGCAAAGAUGUGCAGAUUCUUUGCUAACACUUUGGUUCAUUACAUAAAGGAAUUUAAAUAUUUUCUGACAAAAAAGUCCAGCUGCUUUCACCAACUCUACCUCCAGAUAUUCAGUAAGUUUCCUCCAAGUUUGUGUGCCCCGACGCUGCCCACAGCUCUGGCUGGUGAGCUAAGUGCAUCAGUUCUGGUUCCUAUGGAUGCUUUCCUGCUUCAGCUGUUGCCUCUGAGGCCCUUUGCUGAAGUUGUCCUGCAGCCAGACGUGUGGUUGAGCUCUGAGCACGAGCUUCCACAUUUUCUCAUGCUGGUGAAUAUUUUGGGACAGCUGCUCAGCCAACCAGAGGAAGUGAUGGAGCUUUGGUACUCUGGAAGUCAGUUUCCAGAAGACACACCGAGGCUUCCACUCUACCAUGCCAUCUUUAUUAGUUUCCGACGAUGCUACACUGAGCGUAAAGUACCAGUUCGGUUGCCAGGGGUUAUGCUGAAGGGUCAGGCCCAGGCCGAGGUCACCCUGCACCAACACAUCUGUGUACAGCUCUGUGCCAGUGUGGCUGUGCUCCCUCCAGUCUACUUUCCUGUACUAGAACGUUGUUUGAUGGAUGCUGUGCUGCAGGCUGAUACGCCAACAGCUUUGUUGGCAGUAGAUGUGUGGUGCUUCACAGCACGAUACGGAACAGCAGAACUUUGCCUACAUCAUGUCCUGCUUAUUGCUCAGCUGGUGAAAGCAUGCAACUCUGAAUGCUACCAGUUGUUACACCUGGGAUUGCUACUGAGACGUAUGGUUUUCCUCAUGACCCCGAGCCACCAGUUGGAGUUGGUAGCAGAGUUCUCACCAUCAAAGGUGGAAAAUCUUCCCGUGUGGCAUCACGUCCUCCUCAGAGCUCUUUCUCAGGACGUCCGUCUUCGUGUGGAGUCAGAGAUCAUUGCCCUGAUGCAAAGGGUUUUUAUGGCGUGGGAGGAUGGAGGACACAAACUGGGACAAGUGGACAAAGUGAACGCAGCGCUGGGGUCGCUCCUCUCUCUGCUUCGAGGGCAUCCUUCUCCUGAGGAACAGUGCUCAUUGUCUGUAGUGAGGAUGAUUACACAGUUGUGGUCACGAAUGAAUCCCAGUCAGUUGCAGACUCACCUUGUGCUCCAAGAUACUUUGAAGCUGCUCUUGUCAGCGACAACUGUGAUUGUAAAGAACAUCAGACCUGAAGCCAUUUCUCAGGCUCUGUUGUGUCUGGAAGCUGUAGUUUCUCAGAAAUGUCCGGAUUAUCUACUGCUGGCUGCUCUGGGGUUUCUCUCCUCUCUGGGAAAGACCUUUUUUCCUGAAGACUGUCAGAGUCAGGUUCUUCCGAGAUUAAGCGGUCUGUUUGGAGUCCUUCUGGCUGACAAGUCUUGGCUGCUACAUCAGCACGCCCUAGAGGCCUUUUCUUACUUUGCAGGGAAUACGAACCAUGAAGAGGUCAUUUCCCAGAGUUUGUGUGUGGAAGAAACAAAGACCAAAGUGAUCAAUUACCUAAGCAAGACACUGAAAGUACUGGAAGAUGUGGAGUCACGGCUAAAAAGGCUGAAACUGGAGAAAGUUGUGAUCGAGCAACACAAUAAGAAACUGGAGAGCAAAGAAAGUGGUUCUGACAAACAGGCUGCUGAAACUGAAGCCAUCACAGACCCUGAGCCAAGCCCAAAGAGAGCUCGACAGGAGACGAGUGCAGAGGAGGAGUACGACCGCCACAUCCAGACGGCUCAGAACUCUUUAAAAGCCCUUCAUGCUCUCGUGGAGAGUAAAGCCAACAUGACGGCGCCACCUCCAUCAUGGCUGAAAGUCAAGCUUCAGCAACUGAUGACCCUCAUAAGAGAAAUCACUUCAGUCAGACACACAACCUAGCACUUUUCUCAUUUUAACCCCUCAAGACCUAUUGUACAGUGAAUCGGAUCUGUGUCAAGUUUUAGUUUAUUUUGCUGUGUUUGAUGCCGUUUAUUAAAUCUCUUUAAAUACUGA